AUGGCCUCCCCUGCGACGGCGGACUCGCCUGCAACAUCUAAAGAGACAUUUGUCGAUGAGAACGGCAUUAUGAGGACAGAUCCCCGUCACGAUCAGGCUGUGGAUAUGGACGAGAAGCACAACAAGGACAACGGUGCUGUCGAAUCGGAGUCCAGCGACCAUGAGCAGCCACAAAAGGAAUUCAAUGAAGGUGGAUAUGGCUGGGUCGUGGUUAUGGUCGUUUUCCUCAUCAACUUCCAUACCUGGGGUAUGAAUUCAGCAUAUGCUGUAUUCUUAGCUUACUACCUGACCUCCAACGCGUUCCCCGGAUCAAGUGCCAUAUCAUUUGCUUUCGUCGGUGGUCUGUCCAUAUCGAUAGCCCUCCUCCUCGCACCACUAGCAACAAUUUGCAUCCGGAAAUAUGGUACUCGUACUUGUCUCCAGAUCGGCGUGGUCCUGGAGACGGCCGCAUUCAUCGGCGCGUCCUUCACCUCUGAGCAAUGGCACCUUAUCCUAUCGCAGGGGAUAGCCUUUGGCGCUGGCAUGGGCUUCCUCUUCACGGGCUCAGUCGGCCUGGUCCCGCAGUGGUUCCACAAGAAGCGCUCUCUCGCAAAUUCCAUAGGGACUUCUGGGUCUGGCUUUGGUGGUCUGACGUACUCCCUGGCCGCACAUGCCAUGAUUGAAAACCUCGGCCUUCCAUGGGCCUUCCGGAUCUUGGCUAUCCUGGCUUUUGCUGUCAACGGCGUCUGCAGCUUCCUGGCGCGAGACAGGAACGAGGAGGUCGGUGCGAUUCAACAGGCGUUCCACAAGGACCUCUUCAAGAGGAUCGAGUUGUAUCUGUACCUAGCCUGGGGCUUCUUUUCAAUUCUGGGGUACAUCGUUGUCGUCUUUUCACUGGCAUCAUACGCCUCCGCAGUUGGAUUCACGGCGAACCAGGGGUCCAUUGUAGCGGCCAUAUUCAACCUGUCUCAAGGCCUGGGGAGACCAGUGAUCGGCCUACUCAGCGACAAGGUCGGCCGGAUCAACAUCGCCGCCCUGGGCUCACUGAUCGCCGGGCUGGCCGCCUUCUUCCUCUGGAUAUUCGCGGCCAAACACUUUGCUGGCGCCAUCGUCUACAGCUUGUUCGGCGCCUUCGCGGGUUGCAUCUGGCCGUGUGUAGCUCCCGUCGCGGUUGAGGUCGUGGGGCUGCAGCUGCUACCUUCUGUCAUGUCUAUCACGUGGUUGGUAUUGGUACUGCCUGCGACUUUUGCCGAGGUCAUUGGCCUCAGCCUCGUGGAGCCCGGGAGUGAUGGAUAUUUGCACGUGCAGGUGUAUACUGGAGCGAUGUUCGUCUCGGCAUUUGCUGCUCUUUGGGCACUGCGGGUAUGGAAGAUCCACACGUUGGAAAUCGCCAAGUUGACGAAGGAGGGAGAACGGGAUAUCCGCAACCCAGAUACCGUCGGGGCGGGAACACAUGUUUCGCCUGCUGACCACAAGUCGUUCUCGAUGGCUUUUGCUAUGAAAGCCUGCUUUUCUCUCACCAAAGUGUAA